UUUCGCCGAUUCUUCAAGAUGACUCACGAGUCUGUGUGGUACAGCCGUCCUCGCUCUUACGGCAAGGGUUCCCGUCAAUGCCGUGUCUGCUCCCACCGCGCUGGUCUGAUCCGCAAGUACGGGAUGGACAUCUGCCGUCAGUGCUUCCGUGAGAAGGCCGCCGACAUUGGUUUCUUCAAGUACCGAUAAAUCAAUCACCAACCUACUCCCGUCAUGACGAUUCCGUAUCCGUGCUCGGUACUACUAGUACCAGCCCAU